UGAAGAUUUUCCAUGAACUUCUUGUCAGUUUAAAUAUGGAGCAUUUAAUUGAAGUCAAACUGACAUUGAGCCGCAUCCUAGAAAUUGGAGCAGAGACUCUGAGUGAUAUCCACCCCCAGACCAUUCAAGACGUACCAUGGCAUUUUCUGAGAAAGCUGAUGGCCUUGAACAGAGCUGCACUUAAUACUCAGUAUGGAAAAGAUGCACAAAUAAUCAAUUCAAUUGAAAACAUGUUUGAGUCAAUGACUGAAGAGGAAAAUAGUCUAAAUGAAUCUAUUCACCCGCUGGAUGUCCUGUGUGUUCUCCUGCAUUGUUCAGACAGUUUUCUACAACAAGAGAUUGUAACCAAAUUGUCAAUGUGUCAGUUUUCUGUCCCUCUGCUGCUCCCUGCUGGUGGCGGGUCACGCUGUACCCUCAUGCUUUGGGCAAUGAGAGACAUAGUGAAGAAGUGGAGACCUCAGUCACUAUCUGCCAAUAAAGGGUUCAGUGAGGAAAAUGUGGUGAAUAUUUCCAUGCCAAUUUUCUCCUUCAUCAGAUUGGGUAACACUAAGCUAUCCAAGUCUAAAAUCUUAAAUCAAGUUCUUAAUUCAGCCCAACAACACCAAAACUUCUUUAUACACAAUGAUAUGGAGGGAGGAAACAUUGAUAGGAAAAUAUCUGAUGGAUUGGUGGAAAUGUCCUGGUAUUUUCCCUGUGGUAAGUCAGAUGUUUUCCCAGAGCCCAUCGCAGUGACCAACCUACGAGGAGACCUGGAGACCAACAGGGACCAGUUCACGUUUCUGACUCGAGUCUCAUCAGCAGUGUUUAUAUUCAUUGAGGGUAUUUCUGAGAUACAGUUUAAACUGUUAUCAUCCUUCAGUAACAUUGACACCCAGUUUUAUAUUAUUUUUACUCCAGAAAAAGGUAAAAAAAUAAACAUGGAGACCUCAAAGCACAUAAAAAAUCUAAUGCCAAUUUUAAAGAUGAGUGCAACAAAUAUUAUUCUCAAAACCAGCACAGAAAAUGAUGCAGCAUUGGUGAAAAAAAUUCAAAUUUGCAUUGAGAAUGUUUUAACAAACUGUCAGGGAGAAAGGCAAAACCUGUGUGGUACUAAAAAUAAAAUAGAAGGACUUCAUAUCUUUGUUGAUGAGAAUUCUGUUGAAUGUCAGAAAGCAAAAGAGAAAGCAAACCAAAUUACUUCUGUAAUAAAAGAUGUGGAAGGGUAUAAAAAGGAAACACUGAAAUUACAGGGAGAGCUGUGGAAAGAAUUGUCAAAAGUAGAGAAAGAACUUUGCAGAAUGACGAAACAAGGGAAACAAGAUGCACAAGAAUAUCAAUCUGAGCUCAAGCAAAAGCUUAAUUCACUCCACGAAAAACAAUAUCAGCAUGAUAUUCCUGUAGGCAUAUUUAAUUUUACUGCAGCAAUUACUCACCUCUCCAAGGCCGAAAAACAUUUUUUCUUGAAAUGGAUGAAAUUUGAAUUGGAUUCAAUUGCAAGAAAUAACAUUUCCUUGUUGCAGUCUGAAUACAAGGAAAAAUGUAACAGUAAAUCAGAUACCUCAGAACUUAAGAAGCUGGAUGAGAAGAUCUCUGACAGUUCUUUAGGAAUAGAACAUUUCCUACGUGAGCUGGGGCAGUUUUAUGAGGCCGAGUAUUCUACAGUUGUCAACAAACAGAAUAACAAAACCACAAGACAAUUCGCCAGACUCCCAGGAAUUGCUGCGGAUCUCCUACUAGAUGGGUUCCCAUUGGAGUUGAUUGAUGGCGAUGCCUCUAACAUUACUUUACAGUGGAUAACUGAUGUUCUGGCUGAGCUGGACAAAAAGACAAGAGGACAAUGCAAAAUGAGAGUAAUAACUGUACUGGGAGUGCAGAGUACAGGGAAGUCCACCCUUCUGAACACCAUGUUUGGUCUGCAGUUCCCGGUGGCCAGUGGAAGAUGCACACGAGGAGCCUUCAUGACUCUUCUAAAUGUGAAAGAGAACUUCCAGGAGGAGCUGGGCUGUGACUUCAUCCUGGUGAUUGACACUGAGGGGCUGAAAGCUCCAGAGUUGGCCUCUUUGGAGGACAGCUAUGAACAUGACAAUGAACUGGCCACAAUAGUGGUUGGGUUGAGUGAUAUCACUAUAGUCAAUAUGGCCAUGGAAAACACAUCAGAAAUGAAGGAUAUUUUACAGAUUGUGGUCCAUGCUUUUCUUCGGAUGAAAGAAAUUGGGAAGAAGCCCAGCUGUCAGUUUGUACAUCAGAAUGUCAGUGAUGUGUCUGCUCAUGACAAGAACAUGAGAGACAGGAAGAAAUUUCUGGAACAACUGGAUGAAAUGACAAGAGUAGCUGCAAACAUGGAAAAGAAAGGUGGAAUUACCUGUUUCAGAGAUGUGAUGAAUUAUGAUCCCGAGAAGCACAAUUGGUACAUUCCUGGACUCUGGCAAGGGGUUCCGCCAAUGGCUCCGGUAAACUUUGGCUACAGUGAAAAUGUUUAUGAAUUAAAAAAAUAUUUGCUGGGAUUUUUUAAAUCUCAAAACUCUAACACAACACAAUGUCAAAUUCCCACCUUCAUCGUCUGGAUAAAAAGUUUAUGGAGUGCAGUGAAACAUGAGAAAUUCAUCUUCAGUUUCAGGAACAGUCUGGUGGCUGAAGCUUACACCAAACUGUCCAUGCAAUAUUCUCAGUGGGAAUGGGACUUCACCAAAAAGAUUCAUGGCAGGAUGAUCACCAAAGAAACUUACAUCAGAAAUCAAUCUGCAGCCAGUCUUAAUACUGAGAUGUGCAACCAGUUAAAAGGAGAUCUUCAGAACUUACUGUUAGGCGAGGAAGAUGCAAUGCUGAAGCUACUAGAAAAAUAUUUUGACAGCAAAUGUGAGAACGUUCAUCUCAUUGAGAGAUACAAGGAAGAUUUCUUCAUGAGCGUGAGGUUCCUGAAGAAGGAACUGGAAAGGAAUGCUCUUAAUAAACUCAACGAGGCGGUUUCAAUCCAGAAAGGUAAAUUCCAGAUUCUGGAUAUUCAGAAGACAUCUCAGAAACUGAUAGAGGAAGAAAUAACAAAUCUCCUAAAAAGCUGCAGACAAAGAAAUUGUGAACUUGGUGACAUGGAAGCAGAGAAAGAAUUUGAAGAGAUGUGGAAGAAAACACUCUCUGAUUUACAAAUAGAAGAGCUGACAAGACGUAACAUUGGACAAAUGAUUCUUCAGCAGCUUAAGAAUGAAAUGGGUGUAAAGGGAGGCGGUAUUAAUGAAAAACUAACCAAAGUGAUGAGCUUGGAUGACUAUGGGAUCAAUCCAUUUGUUCCUGACAAAAACCAUGUUGAAUCUAAAUUUUUUUCCACAAAUCGCAAUGCAAUCUAUACAAGUCAGGCCCACCUGGACAAGAUAGAAGGUCUUGUAAUGACUUUGAAAGAUAUGUGUGACACAUACAUCAAAGAGAAGGCAGUCAACACAGGGGAUUACGAUGAUAGUUACUUUAAGGAGUUGCUACACAUGAUCAAUGCUAAACUCAAAGAUGAAACUACUGCAAAAAUUCAUUUUUCUUCCACGUUUGAGCUAGAUAUAAAACUAUUCAUAUUUGCAAUAGCAUCUAGAGCAUUUCAAGGCAUACAUAACAGGUUCAUUCAAGAAAAUGACCCCAAAAUUUGCCUUGAAAAAUUAAAACCUCAAUACUUGGCCAUGUUUAAGAGCAUAUUCCAUGAGAAAGACGAGUGUCAGAGCAGGGCUAGAAAAUUCUCUGAGGAUUGCCUGAAGCCAGCACUAACAGAUUAUAUUCUACAACAUCUCGGCAAGGAAAUCAUUGAUGUCAUUCUGCAAAGUUCUGACAGCCACAUAUUUAGCAGUAGAAGUGCUUUUCAGUUAACUGUGCUGGAAGACUUGCUGAAGAAAAAAGAAUUUGGACAAUAUAAUUCCUACAUUAAUAAUUAUAAGACCUUUUUGAAAGACUGGAUCUCUCAGUACAUUACUGAGAAGUUCCAGAGUCCAACAACUCUAAGAAACUUGGAAGAGAACAUUUUAUCUCCCAUCAUUGAAAAAAUUGAAGCAGUCCUGAAGAGUGAGGAAUGUGUGAAAACAGAAUCCAUUGUGACCUUUCUGGAACAUUUCUGCAAGUUACUAGACAAAGAAAUAGUGAUUUCGCAGAAUGAAAUGACAGUGAUCACUUUCCACAAUACAGCAAACGUCAAGCAGUUUUCUGAAGACAUUCUUUACUAUCUUCCAUUCAUAAAGCCGCAAAUUUUUUCAGAUACAGAAUUGUUGGACAUUCAAUGUCUACUCUCCAGAGUUAAACUGAAUCCUCAGGAGGAAUUAUUGAAGAAAGUGAUUGGCUGCAGUAAGCAGUGUCCGUUCUGUAAAGUCCCCUGUGAGAAUGCCGGGGGGGAUCACCAGGAGCACACUGCAUCUCUCCAUAGACCUCGGGGACUGGGAAGAUACAGAUUGAUCCAAGAUGAGACUUUAGUCACUGGCAUCUGCUCCACUGCUGUGGUAUCCACAACUACAUUUAGAAAUUCUGACACAGGAGAAAAUUUUCACCCAUACAAAGACUAUCGUAAAUACUAUCCAGAUUGGGCAAUUCAGCCUGAUGCCAACCUUAGAUCCUCAGAUUACUGGAAAUACAUUUUUGUACAUUUUAAUAAUGACUUUGCAGGUGAAUAUUCUGCAAAGCCAGCUGAUCUUCCAACAGACUGGGAGGAAAUCACAGAAGAACAGGCUCUUGCAAGCUUACAGGAAUCUUUUAAAAUCAAAUAAAAAUAACAUCGCUGUAUUUGUGUUACCACUCACAUACACACCAUAAUUUAAAAACAUUCUAU